CUGCGGUGCUUUGGUUGCUAUGACAAUCAAACUCGAUGGUUCGUUAGGGAAUAUCAUGUGGUGGGGUCUUACCCCUGCCAUGAAUCUUGCGAAAGUUUUUGACAGUUUUUGUUCGAACGAUUAUUUUGAUAAUAUUAAUAUACUAUGCGUAGGAAUGGGUGAUUCAAGGCACAUCUUGUGGACUUUAUCCUCAAAUUUCACCGAGCAAAAUAGGUAUCCAACGUUUUAUAUGAUUGAACCAUUCCAUGAAAUGUACGCCAGACAGAUGCUUCAGCUAUAUACAGCUCUGGAGCCAUACAAAAGGAUGGGGCUGCAGGGUAAAAUAUGAAAUUUUGAUCUAACCUCAGAAGAAAAGGUAGAGAUUUUUCUUGAAAUCUUUGGGAAUAUGAUGAUUCGAGACGUAACAUCUAAAUAUUUGAUCAAUGCUGCAAAUAAUCUAAUAAGAUUGGUGACAAGCUUAGGUCCACCUCUGUCAUUUAAGUUUGCUGACUUGUCACAUCUCAAAUUCAAGGAACGUGAUAUGCUGGAGUCAACACUUAAGUUUUGGCGGGGGAGCGAUGAUACGAAGUUUGAUGCUGAAAAGUGUUGGGAUUAUCGUUUACGUAAACAUUUAGGAACUCGUUAUGAUGCUAUACCAAAUGUGUUCGAUUGGGAUUGUAGCAUUACUCUACACGAUCGUAAGGCUACUCAAAUAAACUUUAAAGAAUAUGCUCAUUGGCGUCAAUAUGGAAUGGCAUUUGAACUACGAGAUGCCAAUUAUAAUCUCCCGAAUAGAAGUUUAGCAUCUGGUAAAGUGUUCAAAGAUUCAACUGGUGAUAAAAAAGUCUACUCAGGCUAUUGGGGUGAUAUAAUCUGUUCACCAUAUUUAGUGUUUGGCAUUGAUACAUCUGAAUGUUGUGAACUAAAUCGUCUGGUGAAUGGAAAGCAUGCUUAUGCAGCGUCAACUAUAUCUGAAGUGAAUCUUCGUAAAAUAUUCUGGCAAUUAGAACAUCAAAAAGACUGUCCAUUGCAUAUAGCUGCUCCAUUUCUCGACUCAUCCACAACAACCAAUAGUGAUAUUGAUUUUCCUGAAGAUGAAAAAGUCCAUUCACAAAAUGAUGCCACAGUAGAGAAUGGCACUUGUGAUGACAAACAACAUUUAACUGUUAAAAAUGAAAAUACUGAUGAGUGUAUAUUAACAAAGCCAGACAAGUUCGGAGAGGAAAAGGAAUCAUCAACUCUGUCUGAAUCACCUCAACAAUCAAAAUAUUCUAAUGACGAUUCAAUUAAACAACAACUUGGGAAUACGGAAUAUGUUCCAUUGGAUAUUGCAAACAAGUUCAAAGUUAACUUUCUUCCAUGUAACAGUUUUCUAGACUUGCCAACAAGAUAUCGAUCUUUAUUUAUUAAAACUGAUGAAAAUAACUCAUCAUCAGCAUCACCAGUAAUCAAUAAUCGUUUUCACAUCAUUUACAUUGGUAGCAGUUUAGUUCAUUUGUUAUCUGAUCUGUGUAAAAGAGAAAAGCAAAAUAGCUGCCCAAGAAGGUUACAAUGUGAACUACAGAGUAAUGGUGUAAAUGAGAAAGAAUGUAAUGAUGACCAGUUGGAUGAUAAGAAGAUGAAGAAAUGCAAUGGAGAUAAUUUAGAAAAUGGUUUAUUUAAUGCUGAAGAUGGAUCUGGUGUUUCGUUUAUUGAUCUUUUGGAAGAUGAAGCAUUGUUAAUUGUAGAAUCUAUUCUGUACAUAGUUGAGGUUCGGGAAGAACAAGUUAAAGCCUAUUGUGAAAAUGUGAAACAAAUGGCUCUUGAUCUUGGUUUCACGUCUGUGAAAGAGAUCAAACCAAUGGAAGAUCAUCAUUUAUAUUUUCGAUUUAAACGGAAUUUAGAAGAAUCGUCAAGUUGAAUAUUUUAUGUAUUCAGUAUGCCAAUACUGGAUUGAAUUGUUAUUUUUGAGAACUGUCACAUUCAAACGUGUCUAUAUUUAUAAAUAUGUAUAUGUAUACUGUCAAUUUUAUUAAAGCUAAAAACUUUUAAAAUAAAUUAAUUGUAUUUAUA